AUGCAGUCUACAGACGACGCCAUGCUGUCUCCUACACCCUCACCAUCCGCCCACACUCCUACCCAGGGCUCAGCCCCUCGCCGACCGCCGCGCAAGAGCACUCUUACCCAACAGCAGAGAAAUCAGAAAAGACAGAGGGCGACUCAGGACCAACUGGUAACGCUGGAGAUUGAGUUCAACAAGAACCCAACUCCUACUGCUGCGACACGCGAACGGAUAGCCUCCGACAUCAACAUGACGGAGCGUUCGGUGCAGAUUUGGUUUCAGAACAGGCGCGCCAAAAUAAAGAACAUUGCCAAGAAGAGCAUCGAGAACGGUGAUGAUUGCAAUGACAUUCCAGAGUCGAUGCGCCGAUAUCUUGCGCUCCAGGCUAUGGAGUCAGGGAAGCCGAUUGGAACGAGCUUCCUCGGCCGUGCUGGUGGAGCUCUACCUUAUGGUAGCGGUAUGCUUCUCAAUACCGACACCAGCACCUCCAAAGUCGUGAUCCACCACUUCGCCUGUCGCUCUUUGAGCGUCGGAAGCUGGAGAAGAGUUGGUCAAAGCGCCAUGGACCUUGUGAUAUUCUAUUCACCAGAGAAAUGCUGCGUCACGUACUACAUCAACAACGAUUCCGCAGGCUACAAGAUUGAGUACCCUUUCUCCUACAUCAAGAACAUUAGCUUGGAGAAUGGCGACAUGACGGCAAAUGCUGAAGGAGCUUCGCAACGCCCCGGAGGCCUUGUUGUGGAACUCAACCGCCCGCCAAACUUCUUCAUGGACUCGUCUGGGUCCGGAGGAUUCUUCCAGUGUGGCGAUUUUACCGAGGACCAGCAAGCGUCAAACAUUAUGAUACACCACUUGGGCGGUCACCCCAAGGUGCUGAGUGGGCAACUGGCGAAACUUGUCUCGUUGGAGUCGUUUCAGAACCGACACAACCUGUACGACCCAAACACCCUCACCGUCUCGGCGCCCGUCUCACCCAUCAACCACCGACCUGCCUCUCAACCCAACCACCUUGUACAUCCGCACAUGGGCAUGUAUAACGAGUCGCAUCUUGCGCCUGGUCCUUUCCCACCACGGGGUCACAAGCGCCAGCGCAGUCGCUCGGUCCCUGUUGCCAUUGACUUCUCGAUGCUUCGCAACCCAAUGCCUUCCUUCAUGAUGCAGCCUGAGCCGUCGCCCUAUAUCCAAAACCCAGAAAUCUUCGCGCCUAUCCCUCAGAGUGCUCCAGGCCCUAUUGGACCCCAUCUCAGCAUUGACACUUCUGCAGGGUAUGGUAUGGAUUACCGACAAUAUCCCAUGUCGGCUACUACGGCCAACUCACCGUCUGACUACGGUACACCGGCUUUCUACACUUCUGGUCCCCCAACCGAGAAUGUGCCGGCAUCAAAUUUCGGCCAGUACAACAUUCCUCCCUAUGUUCACACGCCCAUGGGCCCACCUCCUCACUCUGCUGUGGGCAAUUCACCGAUGCCAGCCAUGAGCCACCCAGACCCCAUCAUCGCCAACCAAUCUCCACCCCUGGGCUCUUUCGGUCGUGACCAUCAUCAAGAUGUGUAUCCAAUGUCGGACGAGGCAAUGCAGAUGACGGACAUGUACGCGAAACAAAACCUCAACCUUCCGUUCCGGUCACCUCUAAUGGACGAGAACGUCGACGACCUGGACAUGCAGAGUUAUCUCACGAUGGACCCGUCGAGUCUAUCGCCUGAGCAUCAUCAGAUGUAA